AUGUCUCUAGCUACUGACUUGCCAUCAACUCAAAUCUUCGACAGGAUCGCUCAGAAGCUCGACGGUUCGGACUCUGCAAAGCAACAGGCUAUUAAAGACAUCAACGGCCUCUAUGCGUUCAAACUCACCGGCGACGGAGGGGGAGAGUGGUUCGUUGAUGCGAAAGAAAGUGGUCAGGUUGGGAAGGGCCUAGCGCCUGAGGACAAAAACCCCGAUGCAACGAUGACCCUUGCAGCUGAGGAUUUCCAGAAGGCCGUCGACGAUAAGACCGCAAUCAUGCAACUUUUCUUUGGGGGCAAGUUGGAAGUGACUGGAAAUCAAAUGCUUAUGACCAAAGUUGACAAGGUCUUUGCACUGGGCAAGUAG